UGCAAUUCUUCUGUUCAACGAUUUUCUAAAUUGUUUUUACUUUUUUAGAUCAAAGUAUAUAGAAAUUUUGAGUAAAAAAAAGAUAUUUCAUAUAAAUGAUGGCAUUUUGCUUAUUGAGGAAUAGCUUUUGAUAUCACUGAAAUUUCUCCAUUAACAUAAAAUCGAAUUAUGGAUAGACAAUGUCCUUUAUAAAAAACUAAAAUAACUCAUUCUUCCCUAUUUAUCUAUUUCAAAUUUAAAAUGUCAUACAUGAUGAAAUUGCAUUGUUGGAACGCGGGUCUUGCGUUUGUAUAAUAUGUAUUUUAUAAAUUACUUUAUUAAUGUUUUUGCAUUCAAGGUUUACGUACUAAUCAUUAAACCCAUUUUCAAAAAUAAUAUAUUAAUAUAUAUAUUCUCAUUCAUCCAAUAACCGUCAAGAGCAGUUGAUAAACAGAAUGAAUUUGCCAGCAACGAUGUCAAUAUUGUGUUUCUUGGUUUUUUCUUCGCAAACGGUGACGAGUCAGGUAAUGGUUGAAACAAAAAAUGAAACAUUGGAGGCAAAUUCAACUGAUCACGACGAUUAUGAUGACUACGGAUGUGCCAACGAUGAAUUUGAUUGUGGAAAUGCUGAAUGUAUUCUACAGUCUCAAGUUUGCGAUAAAAUAGUUGAUUGUGGUGAUGGAGCGGAUGAAGCUAAUUGCACUGGAGGUAUUAUCGAAUGUAACAAUGACCAGGUAGAUUGUGGAGACGGAUUUUGUAUUUACAAACACCAGCUAUGCGAUGGGAAUAUUCAUUGUUUCAACGGCACAGAUGAGAAAAACUGUGACUCGUCAUCACCAGUGAACACGACGACAAUUCCUGUCACAACCACAACUGAGGAAUUAUCCACGAUACCGGAUGAAGAUUACGAGCUAGACUGCAGCGACGACGAAUUUGCAUGUUUAGACUUAUGUAUAAACAUCGAACUGGUUUGUGAUGGAAAAUCCGAUUGUUUGGAAGGGGAAGACGAGUUUAAUUGUUCACAAGAUGUUACAACUACUGUAAAAACUGAAUCAUCCACCUCUCGACAAAUCGACACAUCCAAAGCGCCUUUGACGUCAUCAAUACCACCCAAAAUUGAAACCACUAGGUCACCAGACUCCCAAGCUUCUCCAUCCCCAUCACCUAAUAAUGUGUUCUCGACGACCCUGGUCAACAAAAUAUUGACUCGCGCCACACAAUCGUCAACUAGCGAUUAUACAUCAUCAUCAUCACAAGGUUGUUUUUAUGAAGAAAAAUGGUAUCCUGCUGGAAGUGACAUUGUACCUGGAAAAUGUGAUGGAGUAUUAUGCACAACUACAAAUAAAGUUGUUGUUUGGUCGGAUCCCACUUGUGCGGCUUGCUCCGCAAGAAUAAGUUUUUUAUUAAUAGUAAUACUGACUCUAUCCUGCAUCAUUCUAAAUUGGAGAUGAAGAAGUAAAAUGCAAAUUGGCUUCUGGAAAAAGCUUAGCCGCAAUGUUACAUGGCGCAAUCGUAACGUAAAGCUGGAGAUGAGCAGUAGUAAGCCACAGCCAGUUGAAUGGAAAUUGACCUUCUGCUUACUGAAGUUUGAACUGAUAAAAUACGAGAAUUGAAAAAAAAACAGUUCUCAUUACUCACUUGCACUUAUACUUUUUUUUUUGUUAAUUCGUGCACUAAAUUUUAUUAUUACAAAUAUGCACUUAAAACAAUUACAAAUAUUCCCGCGAUAUAUAUAAUGCCACAGAUGUGUGCAAUAUUGCAAAAAUGUUAUAAUCUUUUUUGCAUGUUUCAUCAUAAUUUCAAAUAUCAUAAACAUAUUUGUGGCGCAACAAAAAUAUUUGUAUAUUCCAAGUUUUAUCAACGCACUAUUUAUUUCAAAUAUAUAUUUGCAAUAAUAUACAAUCAACUACCUUUCCUGACAAUCAUUUUGUUUUCAUAUAGUACAACUGCUGGAUCAGAUUGUACAUUUUGGCAAAUUAUCUUACCAUGAGCCAUAACGUCAAGGGCGUUUUUGCACUUGUGUCUGUAUAUAUUAGUUUGUGCCAUUUACAUUUUGUAUAUAUAAUUUUGCUUUGCUGGUUUCAUUGCGCUCUAUCUCAAAAAGUAAGCUACGGUGCUUUUUAUAAUAAAACAAUAUAUAAGAAAUAAA